GAAAGAGUAUUAGCUAAUGAGAUCCAUAAUUAUGACACUGAGCAGGUGGAACAUAAUGUUGAGCAAACUGAAUUAGAUCAUGAAUUAAAAAAAAAAAAAAAAACAUGAUUCAAAAUAGAGCAGCAGCAAGAAUGGGACUUGAAUUACAAGCUGAAAGAAUGCUUCGUUCAUCAAAACAAAAGUUUACACCAGCUAAACCUGGUGAUACUGUUCGUAUCCGAGUCCCUGAUGUUGACCAAGGGCGUAUGGAUCCACAAAACAUAUUAGCAGUUGUCGUAGCUGUCGAUAAUGAAUUUUACACACUAGGAACAAAAGAGAGUGUAUUAAAUCAAUUAUACACCCGUAAUAAAUUUGCUGUAUGUAAAGAAAAUAUAUUAACUCCUGAAGAAGUUGCUACUGACCAAUCCGUGUCCUUACGGAAAGCGUCCACUUCAAUUUCUCAAACAGGUGGACAGGGGUACUUGAGAUGCAAUUAUAAGGCAAAGUAUUCAUCUUUUUUUACAAAAUGUCAACAUUCACCAAAAACAGAUUGUGCAUGUCAACAUUCACCAGUGAAUGUCUACAUCUAG